UUACUCUUUUUUAUUUAUUUUCUUAUUCAAUUUCCCUCUUAACAUUUCCAAAACCAAAGCCAAAACGUUAACAAGAGUAGUAAGUAAUGAUACACAACAAAAGAUUUUUCUCUCACAUUCCAGUUUUGGACUACUUUUAAAGCUUCUUCUUUAAGACUGGGUGUGUCUGGUCUUAUCACACUACAAUUACUUCAACUACUACUAUGUCUGGUUCGAAUACGAAUCAUCAGGAAACUAAGUGCAAGAUCAGGAAGCGUAACUGUUCAUCUUCGUCUUCAUCUUCGCUCGUGAGAAAGUAUCGAUUCAAGCGGACAAUUCUGAUGGGGAAGCGUGGAGGUUCAACUACGCCGGCUGUUACUAUGUGGGAGACAACCACAUCGCCGGCACCGGUUUCCAUGGCGGAAACCGGGAAAGGUAAAGAAGCUGCUCCGGGAAAAUCGGUCUCGGCGAGAAAACUCGCGGCGACUCUCUGGGAGUUGAACCAGAAGAAAGAUGGAACAGCCAAGCUUGAUAAAUUACCGAAAUUACCCUCUCAAUCAGCCUCAUUGCCUCCAGAUCCAUCCUAUACUCCCAUUUCAGAUAGAAGAAGAGAUGACCAUGCUGAAAGAGUAGGCCACCACAGAACAAUGUCAGCUGUAACCCAGAAAUUUCAGCUGACUGAUUACUAUUUGGGGGGUUUGGAUUCGCUUAGCACAGCCAGUUUAAUGGAGGUUGAAGAUCAUGCUCGAGCUAAAACACACCACCACCAACAUCACAAGAAAUGUGUCACUAAUAAUGGAGGGUCCAACAAGACUCGUUUGAAGGAAGUUAGUAGUGGACUUGCUACGUCCAAGGAGCUUGUGAAGCUCUUGAACCAUGUUUGUGGUCUUGAAGAGCAACGUUCUUUGAGCACUUCACUCUUUUCCGCGCUGCGUUUUGAGCUUGACCGAGCUCUUAUUCAUGUUGAUCGGUUUAUGAGAGAGCAGAGGUCAAAGGGAGGAGAAAUUGAGUUCUUGGUUAAGCAAUUCGCGGAAGAAAAAGCAGCUUGGAGAAGUAAGGAGCGAGAGAGGAUUCGUGAGGCUAUGUCGUGUGUGGCUGAAGAGCUCAAGGCGGAGAAGAAGUUGAGGAAACAAACUGAGAGGCUGAACAAGAAGAUUGGCUGCGAAUUGGCGGAUGCAAAGGCUGCUCUUUCGAAGGCGGUGAAGGAGUUGGAGAGGGAGAAGAGGGCAAAGGAGAUUUUGGAGCAAGUUUGUGAUGAGUUAGCUAGGGGAAUUGGAGAAGAUAGAGCUCAGGUUGAAGAGUUGAAGAGGGAAUCGGAGAAAGUAAGGGAAGAAGUUGAAAAAGAGAGGCAAAUGCUUCAACUUGCUGAUGUGUUGCGUGAGGAGAGAGUUCAGAUGAAGCUUACAGAUGCUAAGUAUCAGUUUGAGGAGAAAAAUGCAGCUGUUGAACAGCUCAGGAAUGAGCUUGAAACGUAUUUGGUAUCGAAAAUUGGAGGAGGAGGAAGAGGAGAAGAAGGCGAAUUAGGCUCUCCCAAGUUUGAAAAGAUUAAGGAACUAGAAGCCUACUUGAAGGAAAUCAACUUUGGAUCAUCUCAGAAAGAAGAUGAAGAAAAAGUUGAAAAAAGACAACAACAACAACAACAACAACAACAAGAUGAUGAUGAUGAUGACUCUGCUGAUAGUGAUCUUCAUUCCAUUGAGCUGAACAUGGAUAACAACAGCAGAAGUUACAGGUGGAGCUAUGCUUGUGGAGAGGAAUUGAAUGAAGACGAAGAUGAAGAAUCGAGAAGGGUUUCGGUUGAUAGAGAUUUCAAGGGAAGAAAAUCCAUCUCUGAAAAGAUUCAAUGGGGAAGUAUCUGCUUGAACAAAAGUGACAAUGGUCUUGAGUUAGACUUUGGCAACAAAAGCCAGGGCAAUUCAGAUGGUGUUGUUUCCCAAGCUAAGAAACAAGAGUUUGAAGAUGAAUUCAAGAGAUACAGAUCAUCAAUCAAGGGUCUUGCAGAUCAAAUACUAUCAGGGUCAGAAAUGGUACCAAUUCAUGGCCUUACAAGUCCAAGUCGACAAUGGGGUAAAACUUAAAGCUUUGAUUUUUUUUUUAAGAGUUAAUUUUGUUGGCAAAGAAACCAUUUUGAAAGUCCAAGCUAGUUAUAUAUAUCAGUCUCUAAAGUGCCUACAAUUCUCUCAAUUUAUUUUGCCUUUUUGAGUUUCAUGCGUUUUUGUUUUCCAAAUAGUUUGGAAGCUUGCUUGUGCUUGUUUGCAUUAGUCAAGUUUGGCGCAAUAGUUUGCACAAUUGUAAAUACAAUAUUGUAAAAUGAUGUAUGCAAUGUCCAUUAUAAUUUAUUAUACAAAAGCACUUUUCAUA